GACGUCACGUCCGGCGGCAUCGACAGCGGCUGUUUCCGCACGGUCGGCUGGGGGCUUUCUCCUCAGCUUGGCUUCCAGGUGUUCCUUCUUCCUUCCUCCCCUCCAGACCAUGGACGGCUCCUUCGUGCAGCACAGCGUGAGGGUCCUGCAGGAGCUCAACAAGCAGCGGGAGAAGGGCCAGUACUGCGACGCCACUCUGGACGUGGGGGGCCUGGUGUUCAAAGCACACUGGAGUGUCCUUGCCUGCUGCAGCCACUUCUUCCAGAGCCUUUAUGGGGAUGGCUCAGGGGGCAAUGUUGUCCUCCCUGCCGGCUUUGCUGAGAUUUUUGGCCUCUUGCUGGACUUUUUCUACACUGGUCACCUUGCCCUCACCUCCGGGAACCGAGAUCAGUUGCUCCUAGCAGCCAGAGAGUUACGAGUGCCAGAGGCUGUGGAGCUGUGCCAGAGCUUCAAGCCCCCAAACUUGGUGGGACAGGCCCCAAGUGGCCAGAGUGGGCUGGGGAAACCUGCCUCCCAGGAUGGAAGCAGCUGCCUCAAGGAGCCAUCUGCCUUGGGGGAAGAGGAAGUUGUGAGGACUCUGGGUCAGGCCUCCAGGGGUCAGGAACCCAGCAACAGUCCUAGUCCUCAGAGGCCCCCACUGGGCCCCCCUGCUCAGAGUGAGAGCCCCUCCUUUCUCUGUGGGAAAUUCAAGCAGGCCUUGAAGCCUGGUUCCUCAGAGGACAAGGAGCCUGAGGACUGCAAAGUGCCCCCAAGGCCCUUUGAGGCUGAAGGUGCCCAGCUGCAGGGCGGGAGUCAUGAGUGGGAAGUGGUGGUCCAAGUCGAGGAGGAUGGGGAAGGCGAUUACGUUUCUGAGCCUGAGACUGUGCCUGCCAAGAGGAAAUCCAAUGUAAUCACAAAGGCUUGUGCAGCAGAGCCAGCCAUGGACUCAGGCUCCCCAGUGGCUGAGCCUGCUGAGAACAGAAGAGGUACAGUGGGGCCAGUCGAGUGCCCCACUUGUCACAAAAAGUUCCUCAGCAAAUACUAUUUAAAAGUCCACAACAGGAAACACACUGGGGAGAAACCCUUUGAGUGUCCCAAAUGUGGGAAGUGUUACUUCCGGAAGGAAAACCUCCUGGAGCACGAAGCCCGGAACUGCAUGAACCGCUCAGAACAGGUCUUCACAUGCUCCGUGUGCCAGGAGACCUUCCGCCGGAGGAUGGAACUACGGGUGCACAUGGUGUCCCACACGGGAGAGAUGCCCUACAAGUGUUCCUCCUGCUCCCAGCAGUUCAUGCAGAAGAAGGACCUGCAGAGCCACAUGAUCAAGUUGCAUGGAGCCCCGAAGCCCCAUGCUUGUCCUACCUGUGCCAAGUGCUUCUUGUCACGGACAGAGCUGCAGCUGCAUGAGGCCUUCAAGCACCGUGGUGAGAAGCUGUUUGUGUGCGAGGAGUGUGGGCACCGGGCCUCCAGCCGCAAUGGCCUGCAGAUGCACAUCAAGGCCAAGCACAGGAAUGAGAGGCCGUAUGUCUGUGAGUUCUGCAGCCAUGCAUUUACCCAGAAGGCCAACCUCAACAUGCAUCUGCGUACACACACUGGCGAGAAGCCCUUCCAGUGCCACCUCUGUGGGAAGACCUUCCGAACCCAAGCCAGUCUGGACAAGCACAACCGCACCCAUACUGGUGAGAGGCCCUUUAGCUGCGAGUUCUGUGAGCAGCGUUUCACUGAGAAGGGGCCCCUCCUGAGGCAUGUCGCCAGCCGCCACCAAGAGGGCCGGCCUCAUUUCUGCCAGAUCUGUGGCAAAACCUUCAAAGCUGUGGAGCAACUGCGUGUGCAUGUCAGGAGGCACAAAGGAGUGAGGAAGUUCGAGUGUACAGAGUGUGGUUACAAGUUCACCAGGCAGGCUCACCUGCGGAGACACAUGGAGAUCCAUGACCGUGUGGAGAACUACAACCCACGGCAGCGCAAGCUCCGGAACCUGAUCAUCGAGGACGAGAAGAUGGUAGUGGUGGCACUUCAGCCGCCUGCUGAGUUGGAGGUGGGCUCAGCUGAGGUGAUUGUGGAGUCCCUGGCCCAGGGUGGCCUGGCCUCCCAGCUUCCUGGCCAGAGACUGUGUGCAGAUGAAAACUUUGCUGGCCCAGGGGUCAUGGAGCCCUCACUUCUCAUCACAGCCGCCAUCCCUGAGGACUGUGACACGUAGCAUGCCCUGCCAUCAGUUCCUAAUAAACCACGUGGCUUUGGAC